AUGAUUGCUCAACUUCAUUUAAUGCAAUCAAGACCUUUUGGAGCUGUCAAGUUUGCAUUGAAAAGUAUCGGAAUCAAACCUGACUGGUGCGAAGGUUAUAUCACACUGGCUAGAGCCCAAAGGGAGAUGGGAGAGGUACUACUCUCUCUUGAAAGCUACCAGAAGGCGAUUGAUCUCCUUGACCGCGCAGAGUCGCUUUCGGAAGAGGAAAAAGAAGAAAUUAGGCGCGAAAGAACUGAACUCGUUGUCCUUUUGGAUAACUACAAGACCGAACAUGGAGAGUUACAGGGACGAGCUCACGUUGUGGAAAACCUGAAUGCAGUGGAUACCCAAUUUGUUGACUAUUCAAGUGUACGGGAAAUAUGGAAGAAGGAAAUCGAAGCUAGCGAAUUUGAAUUACAGGAACGUAAAGAAGAAGAAUCCGAAGCAGCCAAGGCGGCAGCAGCGAAUAUUACAAGAAUUGAUGAAGAGAAAUUUACUCAGAUGGAGCAGGAAUCAAGUGUUUGUAACAAACAAACCAUCCAAAUAGAGGAAGUGUAUACUUGCUCUCUCUAUUCUUUUUAA